AUGGCGAUAGGAGUCGGCGUCGGAGAUCUUGUUCUCGCUUGUCAGACUAUUUAUGACUUUGGCAAAAGAUACAAGGAUGCUCCUGAAGAAUUCAGGGAGCUUGGGGACAAAGCUAAUAGCUUAGAAAUGACACUUCAGAGGAUCCAGCUCGAGGACUGUUACCAAGGCAGUAUACUCAAAACGGCAGAAAAUACAGCUGAGGCGCAAAUUCAAACUAUUCUCAAACCCUUACGGGUCGACCUUCAAGCACUGAAAGACCUGGUUGAGAAAUACAAGUCAAUCAGUGCUGAUGGCUAUGGUCGGCGACUCAUCUUUGCUUUCAAAGAAUCUGGCGAGCUUGUGGACCUCCGACGUAAGAUCAGUUACCAUGAACAAUCCCUACAAAUGUGGUAUAUGACAGAGAUCGUCAGCUCCAUAAGGCGAAUCCAACGUGGCAUUGAAGAGAUUCAGAAGAUGUUCAAAAUAAUAAGCCAGCAUCCGACGAUUCGCACAAAGGUUCUUCAACGAGCUGCCUCAACCUCUCUAGCCGACUACAGAAUGUCAUCGCAUUCUAGGGAGCGGAAGUGGCGUGAGACGUCGACAGGACCGGUGCCGGUCAAGGUCACGCCCGAAGAGGUGAAACCACUCAAGGAGGCACUUUUAAAAGCUGGUGUGUCUCGACUCACCAUCGAUAACAACCUUAAAGAUGCUAUCCAGUAUCUCUUUGCCGAACCCGAGGAAAGGGACGCAAUUGAAGAGGAGGUGGAGCGCCGUACGACCACUUUACGCGAUCCAGGGUCGAUGGACUACAAGUCCCGGCCGAGCCAUCAGCAGUACAGCAAAUCUCAGAGUCCCCCUACCAUAAAACUUUCGCAUGAACCUUGCUACGAGACAUCAUACCACAAGCAAUCUACUGGAGGUCUGCGUCGCAGCAGAUCUGCAAACGACCGCCACAAAGCCAGUCGUGACACAGACUACGAAGCCGGAUCGUCCAAGCUAUACAGUAAACCACACAAUCAAAGCAGCAUCAGAGUUGAGCCACGUGAUAAUAACGACGUAGUAUUUCUCCUUGACGACAGAGCACAUAGCGGUUCUACUAAAUUGUCGGAUGUUCUAGAGCAAGAACAACCACAUAGGCGGCCUGCAGUAGUGUUCACCGAGAAACAGGAUCGCAAUUACCUCGUUAUUGAGGAUCAUGGCACUCGACGUCGAGCUUCUCCACCCUCACAUCAUCGAGCGUACUCUGAUAGCUCGAGGUCUGGUAUCGAGAUAAGGCAGCUGCGACCUCCAAGGAUAGAGCGCUCAGUAAGUCCAAGGCCGGGUGUUACUCACUAUCAGGUGGGAGAGUAG